AUGUCCACACUGCUAUCAUUGAUGUUGUCUGGUUUCGUUAUUGAUGUCGAGCAGCAAGAACUACUCUGCACCUCCACUUCGUAUUCCGUCAGUGCCCGGGCAACGCGCAUUUGUUCUAUGGGAUUCCGUCUACCCGAACCCGACAUUCCUCGUGAGUUUCCAGAUUUAACACAGCCCUCCUAUGAACUUGCGAGUGUUACUCACGAGGUGACCCACACCAUCAUCGCUAAGAGUCAACCCGUCACCGCCAAACCUCGCCGACUCACACCUAAGAAAUUGGCCAUGGUGCGUGUAGAGUUCGACCACAUGCUCCAGCUUGGUAUCAUUCGUCCAUCCAACUCCCCUUGGUCGUCCGCACUGCAUAUGGCACCCAAGAAAACCCCUGGAGAUUGGCGUCCUUAUGGUGACUACAGAGCACUUGACAAUUCCACCACACCCGAAAAGGCGACAGAACGAUGUCUUAUCAAAAACGAGAUUGGUGAACGCAUCCUGGUCAUUUGUCCGGAUUAUUGUUGCGGAAAUCGAACACUUCAGUUCUGUUGCAACGAUUGCUGGUCCAGUAUAAAGGGCAUCAUCUGGUGCAGUCAGACUGCAAUAGAUGAUGAUGAUGAUGAAGAUGAUGAUGAUUCGGAUGAUGAUGAUGAUGAUGAUGAUAAUGAUGAUUCGGAUGAUGAUUUGGAUGAUGAUGAUGAUGAUGAUGAUUCGGAUGAUGAUGACGAUGAUGGUUCGGAUGAUGAUAUUGAUGAUGUUGAUGGUAUUAACCCGCCGUCUAACCUGGCGUAUCUAACCUAUCUCAGGGUAAUAUUCCAAGCGGUUGGAGAACCUUGCCCUUUAUCGCCUAAACAUGUUUUUCCCUAUCGCCUUUAG